AUCCAUUUUGGGUGGCGAGUUGCUGACGUCUAGUUGCCAGAGUGGUGACUCAGUGUUGCAGCAGCUCUGGCAUCAUCAGGAUGCCAUAUUAUGUUGUUCAUUCAAGUUGGUUCCAGUUUGCUUAUAUGCCAACAAAGCAGGGCUUGACAUGCUGGAGACAACACUGGCGGCUUUGCAGGACAUCACUCUGGAUAAGAUAUUUCGCGAGUCUGGCCAAGAGGCCCUGAAUUCUGUUCAGAUGAUCAUGCAGCAGGUAGUUCCCAUUUCAUACAAAAUUGACUUGCCAGCAAGAAACUCAAUUUUGUUUUGAAGUGGUGGAGACGUUUUCAUUUCCAUAGAAUCUAAAACGAAUCAAGUGAUUGAACAUUUGAACAUGUUUCAGUAUCUUUCGAUCAAUGUUUU